AUGGUUGGCCUCCCAGCCAGAGGCAAGAGUCUUAUAGCUGGCAAAGCUAUGAGAUAUCUCGCCUGGGUUGGUAUUCCUGCACGCGUGUUCAACGUCGGCACCUAUCGCCGACAGGGCACACCGCAGCCAAGCGCCACGUUCUUUGACCCCCACAACGAGGAGGGCGAGAAGAUGCGCCGUGCCGCGGCCGACGCUGCAAUCACAGACAUGAUCCAGUGGUUCGAUGCUGGCAAGGGAGUGGUCGCGAUCCUCGAUGCGACGAAUUCGACGAAAGAGCGCCGCCGCUGGAUCAACGAGCGCUGCCAAGAAGCUAACAUCGAGACGUUGUACGUCGAGUCGAUAUGCGACGAAGAGGACUUGAUUAUGAACAACAUUCUCGAGGUCAAGACGACCUCGCCGGACUACAAGGGGCAGGACCCGGAAGUCGCUGCCCGGGAUUUCCGCGAGCGCAUCCGCAACUACGAGAAAGUCUACGAGACCAUUGAUGACGGCGAGAAGAGCUACACCUACGUCAAACUCAUCAACGUUGGCUCCACCGUCAUCAUCAACCAGAUCAAGGACUAUUUGUCCAGUCGACUGGUCUACUACAUCCAGAACCUCCACAUCAAGCCUCGCUCGAUCUGGUUAUCUCGCCACGGAGAGUCGGAGUACAACCUAACUGGCAAGAUUGGAGGUGACUCCAACAUCUCUGAACGUGGAGAGGCUUAUGCCAAGGCUCUCCCUGGCUUACUGAAGAAGUCCGGUGUACCGCCCAACACGAAGAUUGUGAUCUGGACCUCCACGUUAAAACGCACCAUCCAAACGGCGCGUCACUUAGCUGCGGAAACUGGUUUCGAGAAACUGGAGUGGAAGGCUCUGGAUGAGCUCGACUCGGGAGUCUGUGACGGAUUGACCUACGAGCAAAUUGCCGAGAAGUACCCUGAGGAUUUUGCUGCCCGCGACGAGGACAAGUACAACUACCGCUACCGGGGUGGCGAAUCGUAUCGCGAUGUUGUCAUUCGCUUGGAGCCGAUUAUUAUGGAGCUGGAGCGCAGUGAGAACGUGAUCAUUGUGACCCACCAGGCUGUGUUGCGCUGUAUUUACGCCUACUUCCUCAACACACCCCAGGAGCAGAGUCCCUGGAUGGAAGUGCCCCUCCAUACACUGAUCAAACUUACCCCGCGUGCAUAUGGUACGGAGGAACAACGGUUCAAGGCUGAUAUUCCUGCCGUGUCGACCUGGCGGGGACACACCAUGUUAUCCGCCUUCACCGCUCGGCCGCUCGUCGAGUUCAAACCGCGCGAUCGAUCGCGCAUCGAAUCCGUUCUCGCGUACGGGGACCGCGUGCUCGUGGGAUUGAACAAUGGGAGUCUACGGAUCUACCGGGUGAACGAGGUGGAGAAGGAGUCUGGGGAUGCUGAUGAUGAUGGUGGUGGGGGGCUGAAUGGGCAUCGGAAUGAUACACACGGGGCGGAGAACGCGAAUCCGGGGGCUACGAAUGCUGCGGAUCAUGCGAAGGCGGCUACAGCUACAGCCACAGCUACAGCCACAGCUACAGCUACAGCACCACAUGUGCCGGUCAAACUGAAACAGACGGAUCUUCUGCGCGAGGUUGAGAAGUUCUCGCGGUACAAGGUGGAGCAGUUGGCCCUGAUCAAGGAGGCCAAGUUGCUGGUCUCGUUGUCGGGCGGCUAUGUCUCCAUCCAUGAUCUGCAGACGUAUGCGCUGCAGGAGCAGUUGACGCGCACGAAAGGGGCGUCGACGUUUGCGGUGACCUCCAAUAUCGUCAAUGAUCCCGAGACCGGCGUGCCGUCGAUCGUGUCCCGGCUGGCGGUGGCGGUCAAGCGCAAGGUCUUGCUGUGGGUGUGGCGGGAUAUGGAGGUGGAGGGCGAGGUGGCCGAGAUGACGCUGGUCAGUGGCAUCAAGACGCUGACGUGGGUGUCCGGGACCAAGUUGGUCGCCGGGCUGGGGUCGAGCUUUGUGAUGGUCGAUAUCGAGACGGCCAGCGUGACGGACUUGGUCGGCCCCGGGAGUAUCGGCGGGCUGGGUGGGCAGGAAACCGGCCGGCUGACGGGGGUCGGGGUCGCCAGUAUGAGCUAUAUCGGCAUUGGCGGGUCGGCCCCGAAGCCGCUGGCGACGAGGCUGUCGGAGGGCCAGGUGCUGUUGGCGAAGGAUAUCAAUACCCAGUUCAUCGAUAUCAAUGGCGCGUCGCUGGGGAGGCGGCAGAUCCCCUGGAGCCAUGCGCCGGCUGAUAUCGGGUACUCGUAUCCGUUUCUGCUGGCCCUGCAUGACGCGUCCAAGGGCGUGCUGGAGUCGCCGACGAUCAGCUUGGCCCAUGCGGGCAAGGGGUUCCUGGUGGCGAGCGAGCGCACGAUCUGGCGCAUGGAAGCGCUGAGCUAUGAUACUCAGAUUGACUCGCUGGUGGAGAAGGGCUACCUGGAUGAGGCCGUGAGUCUGACAAGUAUGCUGGAGGAUGCGCUCUUGAGGGAUAAGCAGGGCCGACUCCGUGCGAUCAAGCUCGAGAAAGCCGAAGGGCUGUUUCGACUCCGGAAAUACGCGGACUCGAUGGAUAUAUUCACCGAGAUCUCUGCGCCACCGGAGACGGUGAUCAGACUCUAUCCCAAGAUCGUGGCGGGAGAGCUAUCCGCCACCGAGAGCCCGUCCAAGACCCCUGACAACCAGAAGCAGGUAGAUGGCAAUCACACGGCGGAUGCGGCUGUUGCGGCCACGGCCAAGACGCUCUCGCACGCCCCUUCGGUCAUGUCGCUGCUGCGUAUCCGGACGAGGAUGACCGAAGACGCCAAGACCGACAAGGCCCUCGAAGGAAAUGAUCUCAAGCUGGCGGUUCGGGAGCUGCAGAGGUACCUGGCCGACGUCCGUCGGCGGUUCCAGCGCUUCCUCAACCCCGAUGGAUCCCUGAAGGCGUUCGAUAUGCCGGCGGACGCGGCCCCGGAUGAGUUGACUGAUUCCGAUAUCCAGGAUCCUGAGUUCGGGGAGAAAAUCCGCGAGAAGGCCAAACUCGUCGACACCACCCUCUUCCGGGCGUACAUGUAUGCGAUCCCUGCGCUGGCGGGGUCUCUCUUCCGGAUCGCGAACUUCUGCGACCCCGACGUGGUCAUGGAGAGGCUCGAGGAGACCGGUCGGCACAACGAUCUGAUCGAUUUCCUGUACGGCAAGAAACUGCACCGACAGGCGCUGGAGCUUCUCCAACGGUUCGGCCGGGCGGAGGAGGAAGAGGAGACCGCGCCGCAGCUGCACGGUCCCAAGAGGACUGUCGUCUACCUGCAGAACCUCCCGCCGGACCGGAUCGACCUCAUCCUCGAGUUCGCCGAAUGGCCGCUGCGCGAAGAUCCCGAGCUGGGCAUGGAGAUCUUCCUGGCGGACACGGAGAACGCUGAGACCCUACCCCGGCAUCGCGUGCUGGACUUCCUGCGGGGCAUCGAUGUGAAUCUGGCCCUGAACGACAUGUCGCCGGAUCUACAUCAGCAGCUGCUCAAUUUCUACCUGGACCGUUUGAAGUCUGAAGACGAGCACGUCGCGUGGCGAACCAAGUUCCUCUCCAUGCUCAGGUCGAGUACGCAGUACUCUCCCGCUAAGAUCCUGAACCGCCUGGAUCGCGACGAUCCUGAAUUGUUCGAAGCGCGAGCAAUCGUGUUCAGCAAGAUGGGACAACACAAGCAGGCGCUGGAGAUCUACGUGUUCAAGCUGGAGGACUAUGCUAAGGCUGAGGAAUACUGCAACCAUCUCCACAAACAGGACGAUAUAGCGUCUACCGAAGAAGGCGGGCCUUGCGUGGCUCUGCUGGCUUACGAAGAAGACAAGCCGUCGAUCUAUUUGACUCUCCUAGCGCUCUAUCUUACCCCGCCCCACGGAUACAAGCCACGAUACGGACCGGCGCUCGAAGUGCUGGCCAAACACGGGUCCCGCCUGCCUCCCGGGUCCGCACUGGACCUGAUCCCCGAAACCCUCCCGGUGAAGGAGCUGGACUUCUACUUCAAGGGUCGCAUGCGCGCCGCCAACUCGAUCCUCAACGAGAGCCGGAUCGUGGCGAGCCUGCAGAAGGCCGAGAACAUCAAGACCCAAGCCCAGCUGCUGGUGGGGGAGGGCACGGAUCCCAAGCGGUCGCGAUCCAGACAUGUCACCAUCACCGAAGAGCGGGUGUGCGGGAUCUGCCACAAGCGCAUCGGGGGGAGUGUGAUCAACGUGUAUCCAGACAUCCUCCUCCUCGUCCACGACCUCCUCGCCGUAAUUCGCUUCCUCCUUGGCUUCCUUCUCGGAGAGGUGGCGGCCCUGGGCGUCGGCGGCCUGUUUGUCCUCUUCCAUUUUCUCGGUGAGGAAGAUGUUGAUCGCGUUCUGGAGGGCCGGGACGGUAGUACUGUACACUUAUUACUGUACUGUACACUCACAAUGUUGCGCUCGCCGGUUUCUCCAGAGCGAGGCACGCGGUCUCCGAUUCCUCCACCUCCUGCUUCGCAGAGUCCGCCCCCUCCCAUCCCCCCUCUGCCUCGCCGUUCCUUUGACAAUGAUUCCUACUCCUAUACCUUUUACAACCGUCCUGGCUCCUCUGGAAGUGAUGCCUCGUCGAUGACCUCCAAUGUGACCGCCAUCUCGCCGCAGCAAUCCAAUUUCCCAUUGCCGCCUGCGCCUACUACUGGCACUGCCUCUGCCUCUGCCUCUGCGUCGCCGCGGCCACCGCGUAUCUCCUCGCUCAACACCGCCAAUCUCACCUCCGCUUCGACUACUACCACUUCGAACACCACCACCACCACCUCAUCUGCGCGAUCCCCCGUCUCCUUCAUGCCGCAUAAUGAGAUCCUGAGUCGAAAGCCUUCGGGACGGGUCGUCCCGGCUGAGCUGCAGCGACGCUCUCGUCACCACUCCCAGGGUUUCUUUGAACCAUCGCUCCCUACCGCUUCUUCGACCGAUGUCUCUUUGUCAGCUUCUCGUAUCGCGGCCCAGACGGCCAUGCUUCAACAACAGCAACAGCAACAGCAACAGCAACAGCAACAGCAACAGCAGCAACAGCAGCACCAACAUCAACAACAUCCCCAAAAACAACACCAACAACCUAACAACCCCCAACAUCCCGUGAAACGACCCGCGACCGUACGAGGGGUCUCCGAAGACGGCUCCCGUUCCCGACACGGCGGCAGCAUCUCGCCCCCUCCCCCGCCUCCCCCACCCCCGACCUUCGCACCCCCCGGUUCGACACCAGCCAGCGCGACUGGCGCAUCAGCCGGGCAGCCAUCCUACGCCAAUGGCAGCACCAGCACCGCGGCCGGACACGCCCAUGCUGCCACGACAGCGGCCAACGUGGUAUUCCCCCGAAAUCCAGGGCUCCAGCCGCCCGGGCUUGGGCUCGAGAUCCCCCAGGAGCGCGAACACAAGCACAAGGGCGAGAAGUCGAAGAUGAAGCUCUUCUCGAAACCCAAGCACAUCGGCAUCAGUCGGGACAAGGACGGGACCGGCAAGGAAAGGGGACUGCCCUCGCCAAGCAAGAUGGGGUUCCCCAGUGGGGGCUUGUCCCGCAUCGUCAGCGCUUCGACCACCAGCUUGGCGGAGACCUUCCCGUCGAACAAUUCUUCCAUGUACAACCUGUCGAAUGCGUCCGCGAGCACCGUCGUGCCGGCGGAUCGGCCGACGGGGAGCGAGAAAGAGAAGGACAAGGACAAGGAGAAACACAAACACCAUUUCCUGUCGCGCCAGAAGCUGAAGCUGAAGGAUCGCGACGAUCAUUACAACCUCCCGCUGUCGUCCGCGUCGAGUAACUCGAAGCCGUCAGACCCCAAUGCACCGCAGUCCUUAUACUCGUUUACCCCCGCGUCGCCGGGAGCCACCAGCACGACCUUCGGCAAGUCGGUGAGUGGGCUGGAUCUGCUGCAUGGGCUCCGCGAGAAGAAGAAAGAGGAGAAGGCGCACGCUCAGGCGCAGGCGCAGGCGCAGGCGGAAUCGGAGCAGAUGGAAUGGGCAGCUAGCUCACAGGGACCCGGAGGGUCGCCGGCUGUCUUCCCCGGGCCGUCAUCUUUGGGCAGCUCCUCCGGGCUGAUCGCCGAGGCUGCGUUGCGGGAGACUCUCCAAGGGUUCGGGCUGAACAACAUGACGCCGGAGGACGCUUGGGACUUCCUGAAGGCGAAACUGAUGGUGAUCUUCGACGGGGAGGACGUGCGCAUCGCGAUUGAGGAUCUCAACAAGCUGGUUCUCGUCCAUAUCCAGCGCUGUGUGCAGAAGCGCACUCCGGCGGCGGUGGUCGACGACCUGCGGGAACUGCUGGAGACCGGAUUCGCUUCGUUGAACCAUACCUUGAACGGGGUGCCGGAUGAGAAGCUGGUUCCCCACCUCGUGCAGGUGUGGAUGCUCGUGUUCGGCACAAUCUUGCCUUUCAUUCAGGCCGUGUUCUUGCCCCUGGACCUGGAAAUUAAGGGCUGCGGGUCCGUGAUGAACCGGCGUGAAGCCAGUGAAUUCUGGGGGUCCGCACGCAAUGCCGAGUACCCUGGCUGUGAGCUGGAUGUGCGCAAUCUCGUCCUUGUCGCCUUCCGCGACCGAAUCAUCCUGCGCCGCUACGAGAGUCUGAAGUCGACCUUUUCACGCCUGAGUCUGGACAGCAUCAAGCUAGGCACGGCGGCGCUCAGCGUCACCACCAAGAGCAGUUCCGCCAGUGGCGGACGGCCCCCCACCGCUGCCUCGCUGGACGGCGGCGGUGCUGGCGCAGGCUUUGGCAGCUACAGCUCCCAAUCCUCGACCCUCCUCAACGCCCAGUCCGGGAGCUACUCCUCGGACUCGUUGCUCGGCCACAACAGCAGCAGCAACAACAACACUAACAACAGCAGCAGCAGUCGCAGCCGCGCCGCCUCCAACACUUCCUCCAAUCCCGACCAGCUGAUCUUCCAGUCUCUCUCCUCGCCGCCGCAGCGCCCGAGCAUCAUCCACCGGGCCAACGCGGCCGCCGACACCUCGCAUAUCAUCACCGAGACCGUCGGCCGCAUGCUGCAGUGCGUCAGCGUCCUGGCCAGCGUGCAGACCGGCGACACGGCCCAGGAGCAGGUCGAGACGCUCGGCAAGGAUCUGAAGCACAACUGGCUGGGUCGGGGCCGCACCGGCCGCGACCGGCGGGGCUUCGUGGGCACCAAGAUCCGGCCGGCGAUCGUGGCCCGCGCCGAUAGUGACGAGUACAUGAAAGAUCUGGGCGAAAAGUCGAUAGUCGGGAAAUCCCACCUCACUCCCUCACUUUACACCACAUCAUCCUCGUCAGCUUCAGCUUCAGCUUCAGCUCCACCAUUCUCUGCACCAUUCUCCUCACCGUCGUCGUCGUCGUCGUCGUCCUCCUCCUCCUCAUCAUCACCAGCACCCCCCGAAGACGAGGUUCCAUCUUUACCUACCGGCAUCGCCGCCGCAGCAACAGAAGCCGCCGCCGCCGCCGCCGCCGCAGCACCACCACCACUCCUCCCCUUACCCUGCCUCUCCCACUCCUUCCACUUCUUCACCAACGCCGCCGCCGGAAACUUUUUCUGA